AUGGCGGCCACCACCGCUACUCUAGAGGCAAGCGCCCGUCUGAGAUCGACGCACGAACUCCGCCACGUCGGGACCUGCAGCCGGCCGGCCUGCAUCGAUCUCGUCACCUCAUCGCCGUCGUCGUCGAUGACGGCCGGCAGGACGACGACAGUGAGGGUUCUGGGCGGGGAGUUGAGCCCGUUCACGGCGCGGGCACGGCUGGCGCUGGAGCUGCGCGGCGUGGCGUACGAGCUCCUGGACGAGCCGCUCGGGCCCCGCAAGAGCGACAGGCUCCUCGCCGCCAACCCCGCCUACGGCAAGAUCCCCGUCCUGCUCCUCCCCGACGGCCGCGCCAUCUGCGAGUCCGCCGUCAUCGUCCAGUACGUCGAGGACGUCGCGCGGGCCGCCGCCGGCGCCGGAGGCGAAGGCGAGGGUGCUGCCCUGCUCCUGCCGGAGGACCCCUACGAGCGCGCCAUGCACCGCUUCUGGACCGCCUACAUCGACGACAAGUUUUGGCCGGCGAUAGACGCCGUCUCCCUGGGUCCGACACCGGAAGCACGCGCGCAGGCCACCGCCGACGCCCGCGCGGCGCUGCGGCUGCUGGAGGGGGCGUUCAAGGACUGCAGCAGCGGCGCGGGUUUCUUCUCCGGCAGCGACGCGGCGCCGGGGCUCCUUGACCUGGCGCUCGGCUGCUUCCUGCCGGCGCUCAGGGCCUGCGAGCGCCUCCACGGGCUCUCCCUCAUCGACGCGUCCGCCACGCCGCUGCUGGACAGGUGGAGCCACCGGUUCGCCGCGCACCCCGCCACCAGGCGCGUCCUGCCGGACACGGACAAGGUGGUGGAGUUCACGAGGUUCCUCCAGGCAAAGUUCGGGGUCGAUGUGUCCAAAUGAUAGAAACCGUCUCAACUUGUUUGCAUUGUGUAACACCUCUCCCUCAUUAUUUGAUUUUGUAUUUCGUAUUUGCGCA